UCUAACAAAUGCAUUCUUCCCUCUCUCUCUCUCUCUCUCUCUAUGUCUGUAUCUCUCUGAAUCGUCGUCAACAGAGGUGAGUACAUCAAGAUGUGUGGAGGCUCAAUCAUCUCCGACGAGCCCUUAAUCAAAAGAAGGGGCAAAUUAAGCGCGCAGGAGUUCUGGGAAGAGCUCGAUAACAUCUCCCAGAUUUGGGGCUUCGAUUGCUCCAAUGAAGACACCAAACACGCCUCAAACCUCAUCCCUCCCAACAAAGGGAAGAAUUCGAAACCUGAGAAGGGCAUCGGAAGGCUGAGGAAGACUAUGUACAGAGGGAUAAGGCAGAGGCCGUGGGGAAAGUGGGCUGCUGAAAUUCGCGACCCCAAGGAAGGAGCAAGGGUGUGGCUAGGGACCUUUGAUACACCUGAGGAAGCUGCUCGAGCCUAUGAUGGUGCUGCCAAGCGUAUCCGUGGAAGCAAGGCUAAGCUCAACUUUCCAGAUGAUCUUCAUCCCUAUCCGAAGAAGCAAUGUACUGCUCCCAAGUCGCCUGCUGAGUCAUUAGUCCCUGUAAUGCAUCGUGGGUUUUCCAGCCUCCAGGAGCCAUGUUACCCGACCCGGUGUGAGCUUAUCAAGGAUGAGCUGACUAGCUUGGAGAGUUUCUUGGGGUUGGAACUGGAACCUGAACCGGAACUGGAACUGCCUCUUGCUGGACCAGUGGUAGACCCUGUUGAGUUUUGGAUGAUGGAUGAAUAUAGUGCAGGUCAGCAUGAUAAUCUUUUCUUCUGAGAAGGACAGGAGAUAAUACUUACAUAUAUGAGUGUAACAAAAAUAAAGACUAUAAAAGAAGAAUGAGCUAUUAUGGUGUUGUGUAAUGUUUAAUGUUUGGAUUAGAUUUUGCUGUUGUUUAUAUGUACAAGAAUGGUUAAUCUGAUUAGGAUUGCUCAUGAUGCAUUUACCCUGAUGUAUAUACAGUCCAUGUUUUGUCACUUUGUAUGAGAUAUAAAAUGAUAAAAGUUUUGUAAUUA